AUGCCUACAAUCCAGAGUGCACGAGGUACUAAAAGAAAGAGAGCACCAGAGACAGAACAGUACUUCCUCAAACAGGAAGACUUGGCUCAAGUGUUAUCGGGAAAAUUGCAUCAUGGAAUAAAAGAGGUGCGGAAAGCUGCUAAGAAAGCCAGGACGUUCGAGACGCGCAAAUUGGUGCAGAAAAUCAAGUCGCUCAGAACGAAGGAUCCAGUGGCCAAUAGAAAAUUGAUCGAGGACCACGAAACACAAUUAGAGGCUGUCAAGCGCUUGAAUCAUGAUGCCAUCGCCAACCAAGCUCUCAGAACCAAAUUGCACAAGGAUCGAAUAUUAUCUGGGAGCACUCAUAUUCAAACAGCUGUUGGGGUUGAGUUUCCCCCCCAUGUUUUACUCAGACCCUCGGCUUCCAGAUCAGUGGCCGCGAAAGUUGAAACCCGUCUAUUAAGUUCGAAGAUCGUCGCUGCUGAGAUAAAUGCCGUCCUUCUUGCGCUUAGAGAGACUCUAAAUCCUGGAUCCAAGAAGCUACAAGUGGAUGCGACAGAAACCCAUGAUGACGAUACAGUGCAUCUACCGAAACCAGGUGAUACCAAAUCCCAUGUCCGAGCUAUAGAUAGCGAUGAAGAGAGCUCAGGCUCACAUGAUGCACAAGAGCAAGGACUGGGCUGGGAAUCUGAGUCUGUAGAGGGCGGCGAUCCUGGAGAUGGUUGGGAAUCCGGAUCGAUUGACGAUUCUCGUAUCCGGAUCCAAGAUACUUCGAGUAAUGAUGGCUCUGACGACGACGGAGACGAAGAUUUCCCUCAUCCUUCGGAGUCGCCAGCACAUAGCGAUGCUCUAGUAAUUGAUAGCAUGACCAGGAAAGCAGCAACUUCGGUCUCAACCUUGAAGGAUGCCAAAGACAAAGCGAAGUCGAGGGGAGAGUCUACCUUCCUACCUUCGCUCUCUGUUGGCUUCACGCGAGGGGACUCCGAUGCUUCCGACUGGAGCGAUGGCGAGGCCAAUAUCGCGGAUGGCGGCCGCAAAAACAGGCGCGGACAGAGGGCCCGGCGUGCUAUUUGGGAAAAGAAGUAUGGCAAGAAUGCGAAUCAUGUCAAGAAGGGGCGCGAGGCUGUUUCCUCUACGCAUGCUUCUCGCACAUCCACGACGCGAGUUGGACACAAGGAUCCUCAUGUUGCGGGCGCCCCCCGCAAUGCUUCAGCUUCGAGCGCCAAACCCGCAUUCAAAGCGCCGGCGAGUGAUAAUGGGUGGUCUAAGAAUACACAGAUAGCGGCAACAGCACCCCCUGCGCAGGUGACGGCAAGGCGAACUGACGACAAACCGCUGCACCCUUCGUGGGAGGCAAAGCGAAAGCUUAAGGAAAAGAUGAACCCAAGCAUCUUACCGCCGCAGGGGCAGAAGAUUGUUUUCUGA